AUGAACACACCUCAACUGUCACCUAUUCAGUCUCAGCCUCCUAUGCAUCCACCACAAACCCCCGGUCACCUGACACUCUCGCUUCCACCUCUACGCCAACUUUCCAGUACACCGCCCACUCCCUCCAGUCGCCGACAUGACAAUCCAUUAGGUGUUCCGUCCAUCUUGAAUCCUCAAGCUGAAUUGAUCGAACAGCAGCGGGACUUACGACAUAGCGGGCUCCAGCUGAAGACUCCGUCUCCUGUGGACACUCAGCACUCACACAGUCUUCCCUCCAUCAGUCGACCAACUAGUGUGGAUUCUAUGCAGGAUGAACAAAGGCCGCAAAGGCUAUUCCAGCCACCAGGCCGGCCCUCUGCUAGGCAUGUGGUAACUCCCAAGUCGCCCAACCUACACAGGACACAGAGCCUCGGUGGCCUCAACCGUCCCACAGGCACAAUUGAUGCUCACCAGUCACCCUUCUUGACUGCAAGUGUGCGUCCUUCUGAGCCAGCAACCUCUCAUCCAGCUCCGCCUACCCCUCCUGCCGGGAGCAGAACAGGUUACUUCCCGCCACUGACCACGUCAACACCAACAUCAAACAUGUUGCGUACUGAAGGGCGUCGAUCAAGUGCGCAAUUCCUGCCAUCCGGUAGCGCAAGCCCAUUGCGACAGUACUCUCCUUAUAGCCAGUCUGCAUCAACUGCCUCCGGAUACGACAGCCAUGGCGGGCAAGGCCACUAUACAUCCGCCUCACAUGAAGCUCGCCAAUCUGGUCCACCAUUGGAGCUGGAGCGUAACAUGAUACCUGUUGCCCCAAGUGGUCAGAGCAGCAUUCAAAUUAUGACCAUCAAAAGCCAACAGGGCCACAAUGUGCAGAUUCCAGUAGACGUCCAGGCUGCCUCAAAAGUUGCGGAUGAGAAGAGGAAGCGUAACGCAGGCGCAUCUGCUCGUUUCCGUGCUCGCCGCAAAGAGAAGGAGCGUGAGGCAUCUAUGAGCAUAUCGAGACUGGAACAGCAAGUUCAUGAGGCCAUGGAGAGGGCUGAGUUUUACCGAUCUGAAAGGGAUUUUUUCAGGUCUAUCGUAUUCCAGCAGCUGGGCACCGACAGAGAUUACCAAAGACCCAGGUCACCGGUUGUACGACGUCUAUCGUCCACACCCUCGCAUGCACCUUCUCCGAUGAACGACAACGGGUCUGACGGGUCUUACGGUGAUUACGAGGAAGACCGUGACACAGACCGCAAUGUGCGACGACGCACUAGCAGCUACCAGCCGAUUCCUGGACCCCCGCCGAUAGACACGAACGUAUCGUCUUUCGCUCCUCAUGGCUACGCGUCAUCACAUGGCCCCUCUCCCCGCGGUCAACGAUAUGCUCCAAAUGAUCAAGGGCAUUUGCCAGCUUUGCAGCAAACUAUGAUGUAG